CUUUGCUGACAGCCAAGGAUGGCAAGCAAAGGGCCGUCGGCCUCCGCGUCUCCUGAAAAUUCCAGCGCAGGGGGUCCCAGCGGUACUAGUAAUGGGUCUGGCGAGAACGGAGGGCAGGACAGCACCUUUGAGUGCAACAUAUGUCUGGACACAGCCAAGGACGCCGUCAUCAGCCUGUGUGGCCACCUCUUCUGUUGGCCGUGUUUACAUCAGUGGUUAGAGACCAGACCUAACAGACAGGUAUGUCCAGUUUGCAAAGCUGGCAUCAGCCGAGACAAAGUCAUCCCACUGUAUGGCAGGGGCAGCACCGGUCAGCAGGACCCCAGAGAGAAGACCCUUCCUCGUCCUCAAGGCCAGAGGCCAGAGCCGGAAAAUAGAGGGGGAUUUCAAGGAUUUGGAUUUGGAGAUGGUGGAUUCCAGAUGUCAUUUGGAAUUGGGGCAUUUCCAUUUGGUAUAUUUGCCACAGCAUUUAACAUAAAUGAUGGACGGCCUCCCCCAGCUGUCCCUGGGACACCCCAGUACGUGGAUGAACAGUUCCUGUCACGCCUUUUCCUGUUUGUAGCCCUGGUGAUCAUGUUCUGGCUCCUGAUUGCCUAGGGCUGGGCUCUGUCCUGUCUGCACCCAUAGCAAAGCCUCUGGACUGGUGAUGUGCCACCCCCGUUCCUGGUGUUUGGCUUCCUGGCUACUCCUGACCCCAGAGUCGGAUCAGAAACACGUCAAGGAGUCUGUCCUCUCCCUUAGAGCUGCGGAACUCAAGAUCAGCUGAUGAGGACCCCCAAGUGUCACCACUGCGUAAACAGUCCUUUUGUAACCUCGGGCCUUGGUGUUGAGUCCCCCCUCAUGGGCGGCAAUGUGAAGUCCUGUUCAUCAAGUUCUGAGUACACACAGGGAAGUGAUGGGAAAGAAAGAAACAGAUUAUCUUUACCCUGAGUUUUAUAUUGCAGAAACAAA